CCAACCGCCGAUACAAAUUGAAAGAAGAAAAAACAUGGCGGACAGCCACUAGCUCAAUCCACAAAUAUUUCAAAGCAAGCAUGCUGUGUUGACGGAGCUAGCUAUCUGUUGUUCGAGCAUGCCCAUGUUAUUAGCUUGGAGGAAAAAGGAAGGAGCUGGUCGACAUCCCCUUGACGCAAUGAAAAAGGCGCACUUCUAUUGAGAGAACCAACUGAAUACACGUUUGAAGACUGUUAUGAUCUUUUAAGUGAUCCCUGAGUGUGUUUGGGUGGGUGACUGAGGUCUGCUGACAGCUGGGGCCACCUCUUUGUUGUACCCUGUCAUCUGCCUCCAACGCCAACCCCCUGCCUGGCCGACAGAAGGGGAGAGCGUUAAGCGCGAAUCUGUGGGGAAGUCAACCUGAGCAUCCACAAAUGAAAGUGGACUAUUGUGUCUUGAACUUAGUCAGUAUUACUGGAGCAUGAAGAAGCCAGUGCCACAAAAAGCUAUUGAGUGGAAAGAUGGCAGGCGGAUCAAGCAUGCCCGAAGUGGUCGUCCCUCCCGGGUCCCAUCGCAGUACCAAGGAGGGCACUUCAGUUGGGACAAAUACCUGAAGGAAACAGGUGCUAGUGCUGCACCUGCCCACUGCUUCAGACAGGGUGCAACUCCUCCAGUGAAUGAGUUCAAGGCGGGCAUGAAGCUGGAGGCGCAGGACCCUCGGAAUACAACGUCAACCUGCAUUGCUACAGUGGUGGGCCUAACGGGAUCGCGUCUGCGUCUGCGCCUUGAUGGCUCCGACAAUAAGAACGACUUCUGGCGCCUGGUGGACUCGUCUGAAAUCCAGCCUAUCGGCAACUGCGAGAAGAACACGGGCAUGCUGCAGCCGCCAUUGGGCUUCCGUCUGAACGCAUCCUCCUGGCCCAUGUUCCUUCUAAAAACACUCAAUGGAGCCGAAAUGGCCCCAGCACGCAUCUUUCACAAGCAGGAGCCCCCGGUCCCAGAGCAGAACUCCUUCCAGGUGGGCAUGAAGCUGGAGGCAGUGGACCGCAAGAACCCCCACUUCAUCUGCCCGGCCACGGUGGGGGCGUUGCGUGGCGUGGAGGUGCUCGUCACCUUCGAUGGCUGGCGGGGUGCUUUCGACUACUACUGCCGCUACGACUCCCGGGACAUCUUCCCCGUGGGCUGGUGCUCUCUCACCGGGGACAACCUGCAGCCGCCCGGCACCAAAGCAGUGCAACCCAAGACCCUCGGUUGCCUUUCAGACGGUAGCGAGGGAACAGCCAUGCACCCCAUGCCAGGACAGCCGCCUGGCCAACGGGGACGCAAGCCAGGCUGCAGGAAAGCCAAGCUGACAGGGCCCUGGGGCCAGAAGGGGGCCGGAGUAGGACCACAGGCCCCCCCGCCCGGAAAGGGACUGGAGCCUAUCAAGGUUCCCAAGAAGAGAGGCCCCAAACCGGGGAGUAAGUUAGGCUGGGCGAAGAGAGAAGGCUGGCUGGAGGGUGCCAUGGCAGGCCCAGGGCGACCUGUGUCCCGGCCCAGAGGGAGGCUGCCAGCCAACUGGGCCCAGAGGAUGGCCCUGCAGGAGGGACAAGUGGAGUCUGUCAAGAUCCCCAAAAAGAGAGGGCCCAAGCCCGGCAGCAAGAGAAAACAGCGGGUGGUGUCCAACCCCGUGCCCGUUUCCCCCAACAGCAGUAUGCCAGAGCCAGACACCAGCACGGUGCCCCUGGACAACGCCACCAUCCCCAGCACCGCCUUGCAUGCUGCCACAGUGUGUGUAUACCUGAACAAGUAUGGGAAGGUGGGACCCCACUUGGAUGGGCGGCGGGUGCAGCAGCUGCCCGACCACUUUGGUCCAGGCCGGGCUUCCUCGGUGCUACAGCAGUGUGUCCAGGCCUGUGUGGACUGUGCCCACAACCAGAGCUCUGUCUUCUCCUGCCUCAAGCCAGGUCACGGAGGAGAGGUCAUAUCAGCCCACUUUGACCAGCAGCACCAUACCCUCACCCUGCCCACGGUCAACAACGUCACAUACAUCCUGCACUUCCUGGAGAAACUCUGUCACAACCUCUACUGUGACCCUCUGUUUGGGAGCCAGCCCAUCCCCAGAGGGGGCCUGCAUUACAACAGCUACGCCUACCCAGAAAGGAGAAGUUUUAGGGAGGGCCUCACGACGGGUCUAGGAAGAGGCUCCAAGCGGUUCCUUCAAGAAUCCUACUACAGCCCCCUCCCCCACAAGCUGGGGGGAGGGGGCUGCCUCUCCUCAGAAGGUGAGCCCUUCCUCAUGGAGAAUGGUGUAGGGGGGUUGGAGCACUUAAAGAAGAGCCCCCUGUCCCCGGGCUCGACAGGGCAGCCUCUGAGGCCUGCGGAUCCCCACCAAGUUGCUACAUCUCAACUCUUCAGGCGCUGAGCGUUUCAGAGAGAGCCCCCGGCCCAGAGGCCUGGACCCCAACCUGUGGACGGUGGAGGACGUCAUGCAGUUCAUCAGAGACAUAGACCCCCUACUGGCCCCCCACGCAGAUCUCUUCAGAAAACACGAGAUUGAUGGCAAAGCCCUCCUGUUACUACGCAGCGACAUGAUGAUGAAAUACAUGGGCUUGAAGCUCGGGCCUGCCCUCAAACUCACAUUCCACAUCGACAGGUUCAAACAUGGACGCCCUUAUUGAGCUCGUCAGCGUCCCCCCACCCCGCAACCCUGCUACUACUACUCACCCCCCCACAGGAUAUAAUGCACUGCGUACUACUGGACUGACUAUCACAUGUAGCUUCCGCCACUCGGCUAUGAUACCUAGUGUCAUAUCCCCCUCCCUUUCUCUGCCGCAUCUAAGAAGCCCUGUGGCGAACUUCUGUUAUUUAGAUUUUAUUUCUGUUGUGUGGCACAAUCCAGCCCAAGGCAGCAUGGGAUAUGCAGACUGACUGACUCGCCCACAUAUCCUCCUCAUCCAUCAUGUUACUCGCCUGUUUUUCUAUUCAAUAUUCUCUUACAACAACCGCUACCAAUGAUGCCCUCCCUGUGUGUAGCCAUUUUUUACUGUAAUGGCCAUUUUAGGCCAGAGUUUUUAUUACAUUCUUUCUUUUUGUUUGAUCAAGUGCAUUUCUUUUUUGUACCCUCCCUGAAAAUAAGGACUUGCAUUAAGCUGUUUUGUAUUAAAUAUGUAUACUGAACAAAAAUAUAAAUGCAACAUGUAAAAUGUUGGUCCCAUGUUUCAUGGGCUGAAAUAAAAGAUCCCAGAAAUGUUCCAUACGCACAAAAGCUUAUUUCUCUCAAAUCCUUUUUAGUGAGCAUUUUUAAUUUGCCAAGAUAAUCUAUCCAGGUGUAGCAUAUCAAGAAGCUGAUUAAACAGCAUGAUCAUUACACAGGUGCACCUUGUGCUGGGGACAAUAAAGGCCACUCUAAGAUGCACUGUUUUGCCACAGAUGUCUCGUUUUGAGGGAGCGUUCAAUUGGCAUGCUGACUGCAGGAAUGUCCACCUAUAGCUGUUGCCAGAUAAUUUAAUGUUAAUUUCUCUACCAUACGCCGCCUCCGUCAUUUUAGAGAAUUUGUCAGUACGUCCAACCGGCCUCACAACCGCAGACCACGUGUAACCACACCAGCCCAGGACCUCCACAUCUGACUUCUUCACCUGUGGGAUCGUCUGAGACCAGCCACCCGGACAGCUGAUGAAACUGUGGGUUUACACAACUGAAGAAUUUCUGCACAUUCUGUCAGAAACCGUCUCAGGGAAGCUCAUCUUUGUGCUCAUCGUCCUCACCAGUGUCUUCGCCUGACAGCAGUUAUGCACCGUAUCUGACUUCAGUAGGCAAAUGCUCACCUUUGAUGGUCACUAGCACGCUGGACAAGUGUGCUCUUCACAGAUGAAUCCCAGGUUUCAACUGUACCGGGCAGAUGGCAGAUAGCGUGUGUGGUGUCGUGUGGGCGAGCGGUUUGCUGAUGUCAUUGUGAACAGAGUGCCCCAUGGUAGCAUUGGGGUUAGGGUAUGGACAGGCAUAAGCUACAGACAACGAACACAAUUGCAUUUUAUCGUGACGAAAGGCCCAUUGUCGUGCCAUUCAUCCGCUGUCAUGAUAAUGUAAGGCCCCAUGUCGCAAAGAUAUGUACACAGUUCCUGGAAGAUGAAAAUGUCCCAGUUCUUCCAUGGCCUGCAUACUCACCAGACAUGUCACCCAUUGAGCCUGUUUGGGAUGCUCUGGAUUGACGUGUACGACACCGUGUUCCAGUUCCCACCAAUAUCCAGAAACUUCGCACAGCCAUUGAAGAGUGGGACAACAUUCCACAGACCAUAAUCAACAGCUUGAUCAGCUCUUUGCAAAGGAGAUGUCUCGCGUUGCAUGAGGCAAAUGGUGGUCACACCAGAUACUGACUGGUUUUCUGAUCCACGCCCCUACCUUCUUUUUUAAAGCUAUCUGUAUUGCCAGUCAUGUGUAAUCCAUAGAUUAGGGCUUUCCUUUAUAUGAACUGUAACUUAGUAAAGUCUUUGAAAUUGUUGCAUGUUGCAUUUAUAUUUUUGUUCAGUGUAAUUAAUUCCAGAAAAAAAACACUAGGUUUCUCCCAGCUGUUUGGGAGUUGUUGUUUGGAGGCAUGGUUUUCAAGCAGUAUGACACACUACAUUAUCAAAACACAUAAUACUGUGCUGAAGAAAUACUGACAUGAUAAACUUUUAUCUUGUUAUGGAUGUUUACAAUGACUGUCGUUAUUUGUACUUUUUACAUUUUUAUACUAUAUUAUUAGAGUUGAGAGCUUUAUCAUACACAUUAAUGUUCAAUAAAUAUAUAAUAAAUGUU